AUGUCUGAUACUUCACAUUCACACAAUUACGGUACAAGAAUAAGGAACAAUUCAAUCCUUAAACCAAGCGCUCGUCUUCGUCAAUCACCCCAACCAAGGCGUAUAAAACCUGUACCACAUCCAACAACAGCAGAACCAUCUCCAAAUCAGUCUCACUUCCCAAUAUUUCCACUACCAAAUGUCAUGCUACACCCUGAAGACGCCACUAGUAAAGUAUUUCAUGCUAUCGGACGUUGCUUCCUCAGCGUGGACAAUCGUGCCAUGACGAUCAAGGACCUUGCGGAAAUGACUUUAAACUUCGGCCUCGUGUGUCAGAAUGUUUCUGCUGCGUCGCAAGCAAUAACUACUUACAUCCGAAAUCAUCUCUCUCGAUGCGAGGCUCAACAGGAUCACCCUCUUCUUCUUCGUCACACCCUCUCUGGCACACCCGUUGACGACGAUCUCGUCCCUGCACUUCAUUCUCGUGUAGGAGGCGCACCCCUACAAAGGCAGCCACUCGACUCCACGUGUUCAAAUCAGAACAUCCCUCCUGGUCGCCACACAAACUUUCGUCGUGGCACAAUCGUAUGGUAUCUUUCAAAAGCUAGUGGCGUAUCCUGUCCUUUCUCUCGUGCUGGUAUUCUUCUUUCAAAUUACCCCGCUUCCACUUCAAAUACAAAGCCUCGAAAACAAUCUCACGAUCCAAUGGAAAAGUGCGGAGAGAAACGCAAAAGACUCAUCUCAAGACGCUGUCGCGCCACUGACAGACUCUCAGAGAGGGCCAGUCUAUCGCCCAGCUCAAGUCCUGUAGAUAGCGGUUAUGCAGAGAGUGCCUCCAGUUCUUCUGAUGAAGAAGAAGACGAACCUGAAAGACCUCCAAAAGUCAAACUUACCCUACGUCUCCGUCCCUCUCCCACUGCUACAGAUUCCACAGACAUCAUCGAUCUCUCCCAUGAUACAUCCUCUGACGAGGAUGUUGACAUGUCCCCAGCAGAGCCCAGUCCAGAACCAUCGUGCCUCCCACCUUACCCUCGCAGAUCAAUCGCAGUCCCAUGUUACACCCCCGUAUCCCCUCCCUCCCUCCAAUACAUAUUUCCCCCGCCGCCCAUCGACCAAUCCAGAGGAAGCGCAUCACCUCCGCCAGAUUCUGACCACGAGGAGGAUAUCGAUUUUGAUUUCUCAAGCGAUGAAGAGGAAUCUCGAGGUGUGAGCGUGAAAGUAGAAGACGAAGCAGAAGAUAAUAGCAUUGACACAAGUCAAAACGUGAGAGAUAUGCUAGAUGCCUGGGAGGACCUGGAUCUUAAUCGUGCGCGGUCAUAUUCAUGCCCGGAGUCUGGGUUCGCUUCGGUGGUGCGGGAAAAUGAAAGUCGCCAUACGGUUACUCCAGAGGUCAAAGUGGAGGAACUUGAGAUGUGGGAGUGGGAGUUUGAUAGCGGCUGGGCGGGUGCGUGUGGGGAUGUUGAAAUUAAGAAGGAAGAUGCAUCAGAGGCGCUGAAUGGAUUGUCAUUGUCGCCUACGAGUGUACCGUGGAGUGUGUUCCCGCUCUCUCCUAUGUCACCACUCACCCCUUCUCCAACGUCCCCGGGUUCGAGCACGGGGUUUACGUUCCAUUAUUCGUCGGCACUGUCUGCGUCACCGAGGGUCAAUAGUUCCCCUCCUCGGCCCACGCAUGUAAAGAAACCGUCUCUGGAACGCAAGAACAGCGUGCUGGACUGGCAAGAUGCAGAACUACUUGGUCCUGAUAGUGUCCACAUCGCUGAGCUCGAGCUAGAGUGGGAAAGGGGAUCUCGACGGACACGAUUCGCAUCACCCGCACCUGGUGCUUCCUCAUCAUCCAGUAAAGACUGCCAAAUGGCCGAUCCAGAGUCUCUCCCCGAAUGCAAAGACCAAGUAGUAGUAGUCCACACGUGUGUGCCGUGCGAUCCACCUGUUAGCGCUACGCAAGUCGAAGCCAUUAACCGAGUCCCAGGAAUACCGGUGUACCAAACUACGCUGCCUCUUCGCGCACCUCACACGACGCGGACACUUCUGAGGAGGCUAGACACGGAUUUCGUGAACCUUACGCCGUUGCUUGCUGCGUUUUCACCAUCGUCAUCACCUUGUGCCGCUGCGGUCCCGGUUCUUCCACCGAGCGCUGUGCGGUUUGAGCAUCCGAAUUCGGCUGUGACAGGGGUAUGGGUAUCGUUGGAUUGUGCGAGGGAGUUUUUGAGGACGAGUGUUCAGGCGGGUGCCCAACGUGCAGAACGACCUUGCUCUCAAGAUGAAACGCUAAGAAUAAGCGUGGAGGUGUUCCUGAGCGAUGAGCUUGUGAUGCGGUUCCCGAGUGCCUUGAGGGAUUUCUGGAGGGCGAGUAAACCCGGGAGGAUGUUGGGACAGUUUGGGGUGUGUUUUGAGCGUGGGAAGGUUGUGGGUAGUCAAGGCUCGUCGGCUCCCUCGUCGUUGGUGUCGGUACGGGCGUCGUCUGUGUUAUCUCCACCUCAGUCGACUUCGCCCCCGUUAAGGGCCGAAUCGUACGCCCCGCCGUCUUCUUCGGAGUUGCAUCCACGUUCCUCGUCUUUGGAGCUACAUUCACAUCCAUCCUCGUCGCUACCGCCAUCCUCAUUGUCCACGUCCACCAGUCCCGCACUUCUCACAUCUAUAGCAAAAGCCCACGAAGUAUGGAGUCUUCCCGAAGACACCGAGCCAGAAGCAGAAGUCGAAGCAGAGCCUGUACUUCCUGCAUUUGAUAUUGCGCUGGCAGUGCUUGCGUCGGGGUUAGGACCGAGUGCUAGUUCUGGAAAUGGGAGUGCUUGUUUGGGUAGUGGGAUUGAUUUUGGGAGCGGUGUUGACUUUGGGAGUGCGCGCGCUAGUUUGGGGAGCGAACACACCGGUCUUGGCGUUGGAAGUGGAAGUACCGGUCUCGGGGUUGGACGCACCGAUUUUGGACCAGGAAGCGCCGAUCUCGGAAAUGGACAUGGGACUGGAAGCGGAGAGCCGCCGCUGAGUCCUACGGAGGCAGAAAUGUUCCGUGUGUUGUGCGUGUGUCCUGAUUGGGAGGAGAAGGAGGGGGGCGAGGAUGAUGUCUGUAUGGAUGGUCGGGAUCAAGACGCAGGUGAACGAGAUCAAGAUGUGGACGGCGAACGUGAUCACAACGCGGACAACCAAUGCGAUAAAUACACGGACGCAGACGCAGACGGGGAUGUGGAUGUGGAGAUCAUGGAAGAGGAGCCAAGAAGUUUGAAAGAUGGCCGUUCGUUGAGGCGGUCGAAACGGGUCGCGGAUGCUGUUGCUCGCACGCGUGGUGUGCGGCCCCGGAUGAGGGGGCCGAGACAUGCGUGA